AGAUGAAGGAUGGUUUCAUUCUCGAGGGAUAAAAACUAUUGUCCAGGACGAAGAGGCGAGUCUCAGCGGGAAUACUACUUAAAGAAACAAAUCCCCUUGUGUUUUGCUCCGUUCUCACCCAGCAUAGCUCUAUCCGAACAAUUGCCUACGGCACAGAAUUCAGCAGUUAUCCGUACUUCUAGCGGAUUACCACCUGCUCAUUCACUGGCAUCUAUUACACCUACCAAGACACUCAAACUGACAUUUACGCAGCCUUAAGGAUGAUUUCUGGAAGCGGAUUAAUCCACAGCCCUCAGGAGAUUGAGCAGUCUGAAGCGGAGUCAGCAACCUUGCAGCUCCCAACACCCGAGAGGACCCCUGAUCCGCAAGAAUACGACAGAGGACUAACAUUAGACCAUGAUACAGAAUUCGAGCGGGAACGAAUCGAGCAGCAACUCGGCAUAUUGGUCAGGAGUGGCGGAUCGGAGGAGAUGGCCAUCAAGUUGCUCAAGAACUUGUACCUGCGUAAAUAUCAUGACUCAACUAACACUGACAGGCGACUGCAUGAGAUAUUGCUCGAGAACCAACGGCUUGAGGACCAGGUCAAGGAGCUCGACAGCUCCAACCUGGAGCUCUUCAACGACGCGCAAAAGUGGCAGACGACAGCCAACGAGCUGCGCGCCGCGAUGGAUCUCACUGGCGAAGCGGUUCUAAGAGACGCUCAAAAGGAGGUCGACGCCCAGAGUUUUCAGAAGCUGCAAGCGCGAGAGCGCAAGCUGAAGGAGAAAUAUGACGCUCGCGAGAUGAAGGUCGCGCAGCUGGAGUCCCAGAUCGCAACCGCCAGGAAGGCGAUUGAAGAAUAUAAGACCAAGCUGGCCGCCAACGACCAGAUGGUGGAUGAGUGGGCUGAGGGGCAGCAGAAAUACACAGCCUGGCUGUCGCACGAGAAUCUGAGACUGCGCAAGCAGCUGAACGAGAUUAAUGCAUUUCUAGCUGCGCAGCGGACCGCUGAUUUUGGCAGGUGGGAGCAGGUCUUGCCGCAGUUCAACAUGCAGGCCCAAUCCCUACAGGACAAGACGUUGGCGUCGAAGACUAACCAGCUGACCUAUGGCACUGUUGACGUCGAUAUGCACGAUGCCAACAGCAUCGACAUGGCCAUGGAGCCUCUCCCGGAUCGGCACAAGCCCCCCUUCCCCGUGCGGAUGCGCCGGCGCAUGUACAAGAGCAAGACCAAAGCCAAACGAGCGGGAUCCUCGAUAUCACGGGCAGCACGUCCUCUAGAAUGCAGUAAAGGGUACUCGGAGAAGCGGGCGGCGAGUACGUACCUGCAGUACCGUGAUGGGAUGGGCAAGGAGACCGUUUCGACCCUCCCGGUCAAAGGACACAGCGACGGGUUGCCCAAAGCAUUUCCGCGCAAGCGCACCCGACUCCAAAAAAGCGCCGACAUGACGAAGCGAAUGGAAGCAGUCUCAGAGGUGCGCAGACUCCCUCGUCUCCCGCGGAACCUGACCGUUCGCGUCUCGGCGCAGGCAUACACUCGCCGCGACGACAACGAGCUGGCCAAGCUCAUGACGGAGAAAUGGUCUCUUACCGAAAAAGAGCCACCCGUCGAAGUCAAGGGCGAGGAGGACGAGAUAAUGGCCAAGCUCGUAGCCGUCACCAGAACCGUCGAGCCCUUCAUCCCACGUCCCAAAACGUUCUCAGGGCCCACCUACCUCCCUAAGGAACCAAAGCCCCUUUCUCGCAACGAGCGCCAGCACUGGGCCAAGACAACCAACAAAUGGACGCUUGGGCCGCAGAAGAAAAAUAUUGCAGCUGAUAUGGUGACGAAGCACGUCCGUUUCGCGAGGAAGGUCGAGUACGAGCCGGACUGGUCGGCACAGCGGAUAUACUACGAACCGCGCAGCGGGUACACCUUCAGCUGGAGCCACGCGACCAUCGCGAUCCUGCUUGUGCUGCUGCUUGUAUCGCACCUGCGGCCAGAUGAAGGGCGGAGCUGGCGCGAGGCGAACGAGAGGCCCGAGGACGUUGUAGCCAAGCUGAGGGUAUCAGGGCAUGGGGAAGCGAGAGUACCCGUUGUGGACUUUGAGGUUGGGAAGUGGGCAGAUGUGGAUGAUGGAACUGAAACUGCACCCGAACUCCUUGUAGAGCAGGGUAGGGCAAGGCGUGCAGAUGGACGCGUCUGGACACCUGUAGUUCUGCACAGAGCCGGACCUGCAUGUGGCUGCACCGAUCCCGCACUGACACUCAAGUAUGCAUGCUUCCACCAAACAGUCCAAGUUCUUUCUCCAUCUGCUUGCCCAGAGUUUGCUGCAGGGCAGACUUGA